AUGAAACUUUAUAAGUGGCUGCUGCUCUCUCUAUUAUAGUACAUUAACAUGCUGCAGGAUUUAAACGGACGUGUGUGAAAACCAUUGUUUUUCUGCGGAACCUUUUUCUGGUGUAGAGCUCAACACGGAACUCUUGAGGACUACACCAGUAAUGCUAACCAGCUGUGCAGCUAGCCUUGCCGGUUGCAGCUGUCAGUCACUCACCUUGCGUUUUCUCAAAUUAACUCUCACAGUAAUUUAGUUAACCGCUACAGAGCUGAAUGACAUUGACUGUGCUGUCUAUGUGUCUCUGUUUUGUACAAAUUUCAUGAGGCUGAGGCUCUGAAAAUGAGAGAAGGAGCCUGUGUCGUGUGACUCAGCUUGUGUCUAGCCAUGGAGAAGCCCAGGAGGCUGUGGGGGGCAAUGGAGCGUUGUACCCUGACUCUGGCCUCCUGGUCCUGGGGUGCCUGUCGAGUCUCCCUUUUGGCCCUCAUUCUCACCUUCCACCUAUAUGGAGGAUUUUUUCUCCUUGCUCUCAUCCUUGCCUCUGUGGCGGGCAUCCUCUACAAAUUUCAAGAUGUGCUCCUCUACUUUCCUGACCAGCCUUCCUCCUCUCGACUUUAUGUUCCCAUGCCCACAGGAAUCCCCCAUGAGAAUGUGUACAUCCGCACCAAAGAUGGUGUCAAGCUCAACCUCAUCUUACUUCGCUACACAGGCGGGGACACGGCCCCAGGAGUCACCGCUGGCAAUCAAAGCAGCCCCUCAUCCUCUGCUCCGCCUACAAUCCUUUAUUUCCAUGGUAAUGCAGGUAAUAUUGGUCAUAGGGUGCCAAACGCCCUGUUAAUGCUGGUCAAUCUGAAAGCGAAUGUAGUGCUGGUGGACUACCGUGGCUAUGGAAAGAGCGAGGGUGAGCCCAGUGAGGAUGGGCUUUACCUGGAUGCAGAGGCCACACUGGACUAUGUUAUGACCCGUCCUGAUCUGGACAAGACAAAGGUGGUACUCUUUGGCCGCUCACUAGGAGGUGCCGUGGCUGUGCGCUUGGCAUCAGUCAACCCUCACCGUGUAGCAGCCAUUAUUGUUGAAAACACCUUCCUCAGCAUCCCUCACAUGGCAGCGACGCUCUUCUCCUUCUUGCCCAUGCGCUUGCUGCCGUUGUGGUGCUAUAGGAAUCAGUUCCUGUCCUAUCGGCAGGUGGCGUUGUGCCGCAUGCCCUCGCUGUUUGUGUCUGGUCUGUCAGACCAGCUCAUCCCACCAGUUAUGAUGAAACAACUGUAUGAGCUGUCCCCUGCACGGACUAAACGCCUGGCUAUCUUUCCAGAGGGAACACACAAUGACACAUGGCAGUGUCAGGGCUACUUUGCUGCUUUGGAGCAGUUCAUGAAAGACCUGCUGAAGAGCCACGCCCAUGAAGAGAAUGCUCAGGCCUCAGCUAGUGUCACCAUUAUCUGAGAAAAACAGUUAGGGACUGACUGCUCACUACAUGAGUGAGAUGAAGUGAGGCUGUCAAGGAAAUUUAUUAGAGGGAUUUAAUUGAUUUUUGGAAAGAAUGUACAUUUUCUAUGCUUUUUUUCUGUGAUUUUAUUUUUAUUUUACUCUUUCUGUAAAUUUAACACAUUUGUCAAAAUGAUCAGACUAUUUCAAGGUUUUAAGAGGGGCAGCAGUGCCCUCAUGGGAUCUUUUCUGUUGCAGCUAUGAAUGCAUGUACUUAUGACCUUUUAUGAAUGAAGCCAGAGCAUACAUGCCCACACUGCAAGACAUGUCACAACCACAGAAGAAUUUGCUGUAAUGGAUCUGAUGAAAUUGAAAUUAAUGAAUAAGUUGCAAAUAGUAGAAGGACCAUGUUUCAGUGAAAAUUGAUUACUACUACAAUUAAAAUGGCACCUCUUCUAACAUACAAAUUGAGACAUUGAUAAUAUGUAGGCCUAUAUUAGUAUAUGUAUAUAUAUAUAUAUAUAUAUAUAUAUAUAUAUAUAUAUCUUUGUUAAUAUGUUACUUUUUUGUUCAGAUUUAAGUGUUGAGUUGUGUAGGCAAACAUGAGCAAUACUUGUAGGAGCAUAAGAAUGUUUUUUUUUCUCUCUCCGCCCUUUUUGGCAAGGAACAUUAAUAUUGAGUACUUGCAACAGCUUAGCAUGUCAUGACAUUGUAGUGAUUAAUAUUUAUUCCCUCAAAAAAAUUUGUCUGGCACAGUAGCAAAAAAGUUGUGUUGUUGAGUAACUGUAUUCAGUCACAAGUGUUGACUGAGAUGAUGUGGUCAGUAAGAUAAUGUGACAUGUUUGAUACUUCUGCCUUUAAAAAGGCUUGAGAUCUUAUUUCCUGUCAAACUGCUUCUGCGUCAGUGCGAUUGGGAUAAGCUACUAGAUAUGCUUUCUGUUACUGUGUCCUGUUCAAACACAACUAGCGCACAGUGUUUACUCUUAAAAGUUGCUAUUGAACAACUUUGUAGUUUGGUAAGGAGCAUUUGCUCUGUGUGGUUUGUUAUUAAAGGAUGGGUUCAGAUUUCUUCAUGUCUAUCUCAUGCACAGCUCUAUCAAUACAUGUCUUUAAAAGAGAUGAUGGCUGGGAGUUAAUACUGACCAUGAAGAGAUAGUUUCCUAAUGUAAACCCUUUGGAUGAGAUCAAUUAGGGGAAAAAAUAUAUAAUCCUCAUUUUAUGCCCAAAAAAAAAAAAAAAAAUCCAAAGUUGAGCAGGAGUGUAUGAGGUUUUGACAGUCUGAGUAAGACAAACCAAGGGUAUUUUCCAAGUUCUUUUGACUAGAAAAUCCCAUCAUUGUGUUACUAUUCCUCCAGUGCAGACCAACACAGAAGCAGUCUGGCAAAUUCAACAAGGGAAAUUUUCUGUUAAAAUAAAAAACAAAGACUAACUUUGAAAGAUACUUUAUUUAUCCAACUUAUCUGACUGUUGAAACCUCAUAUUAAUUUAAGCUGGACUUUAUACUGGAUUUUUUCACUGAAACUAGUCACACUGGGAAGGGAUUUCUUAAUAUCCUGUACAGACUGGAGGAAUGAUUACAGUGACCAAUUACAUACAUAUAUACUUAUAUAUGGGCGUUUGAGUACUGUAUCAAGAUAGUUUUGAAAAAGCCUGAACCUGUCUUAAGAACUGAAAAUAAAAUGUGAGCUUUUUUUAAUCAAAUGUUGUAAUUAUUUGUUAGCUAUUAUCAUCUCAUCCCAUGCUUAUGAGACAAAAUGGCUUUACUCACUUGGAGGGCUUUUAAUUAGUUAAUUAACCUUUCCCGCAUGUCUUCCAGGGGGUGGAGCAGAGCUUGAUGAUUAAAACACUGUUAUCUGCUCCUGCUUUCCAAAUGCUGUGGUAUCAAAGCCAUUUGAAUACAUUUAACUGAUCUCCUUAGCCAUAUUUGAUACUGUUUGUAAACAGUACGCAAAACAAAAUACAACAACACCAAAAGACCAAAUUUGUUUCUGUCAAUGUGAUAACAACUUGAAAUAUGGUUAAAUGGUUAAAAGGCUACCGUGAAUGUAAAUUGUGGUCUUAAAUUAUCAAGUGUGCUUUAUAAGAAGUCAUUUACAGUCUUUUCUCCCUUUUGUGUGGGAUUUUUUCACCAGUGGCACUGCACAGUUUGAGGUAUUUUUGUAUUAUAUCAAAUCCAUAAGCUGAGUUCAGUUAAAGAUUUUUAUCCCAUCACAUGUUGGGAGUGCACAUUGCACAAUCAAAUGAAUAGACACUCAUUUUGUUUCACACCUUUUGUUGUACACACCUUUGCAGUUAGUUUGCAUUGUGCCAUUUCUUAAUUCAAGAAAAGAUGUGUGAACUUGAUUUAUUUGAUUUAUUGAUUUGGUGGCUGGCCUAAAGUAAAUUUAGUAAUUAAUAGAAUAUUAGAAUUUUUAUGUUAGCCAAUACCCCGUUAAUGAAAAGAAAUGGACUCAAACUGAAUGUCUUUUAAUUUUUUAUAGAGAAAAUAAUCUGCCAGGUACUUUGUGAAUGCACUAUUUGAGCAUAUUUUUGUGUGUUCUUACGAUUGUGAGCAGAGUGGAAUGAAUGCUGUUGAAAGUGUUGGCAUAAUUUGGAAUUUGCAAGUUGCAUUUGCAAGCUGGCAUGUGAUUAUGUUGAGUCUUGGCAAAUUUCUGUAAUGAACCUGCACAGUGUUGACUUUGUGUACAUCUACCACGAUUUACAGUGACUCCACAUUGAGGAAACAUUGAUGGGAUAUCUGAACAGUUAGACAUCUGAAUGACUCAUCUUUAUCUUCUGUAUGAAGCUGUCAGUUUGAUUGAAUCUUAAAUUUUAGAGUUGUGUUUCUUUUCUAUUUCAAAAAUAAUGUUGACAACUUCUUUUGUAAGCACACAUUUUCACUUUCUAUUUUCUGUACUGUAACAUGCAAUAAAUUGAUACAUUAAAA